UGCCUCAGCUUGUAAGCGAGGAUGCCGUUGUGGUCUGUAAUUUGUUAUUGCUUGGAGAAAACCGGAGAGACAAGACAUGGAAUAGUCGAAAAGUUGUAUACUCAAACUUCUUUGGCGUUUCUUCAAAAUGAUCUCAAAAUAAAAAUUAGACUCGUUGACUUUUUUCCUGAUCCUUCGAGAUUUCUACUUACUUUGGGCUGAGGCACGUGAACACGGAUGUGAUUUUGUCGCAUGAACAGACUGCUAUUUCAAGAUGGCUGUGACCAUUACCCACUUAAAUAUAACUGACGACCACACUUCAAGAACUGCUGCUGAAUUGAUGGCUUGCUUGCAGCUUGAUCAAGGUUCACCGGAAGAAAAGCAGAAAUGCGACAGGCUAUUGAGAGACCUUGAUUUUCCAAGUGAACAUCAAAAUGAAGAGGAGUACAGUCAGUUUGUUUUUAAUGGCCAGUGUUUGAUACUGGGUGACUCCAGGGUUGGAAAAACGAGCCUUGUGAACGCUCUUAUUAAAAAGCCGUUCGACAGUGAAGAGCCAAGCACAUUGGGAGUCCGCACAAACUCGGUAGACCAGGAGUGGCAAAAUGCGAACCUUGCGUUCGGAAGUUUUGCUCGAUUUGGAAAGUCCGUUCGUUCCUUAAGAGCCUUUAUUUCAUCGGGAGAAUACUUAGCUUUUGAAGAUGGAACAUCAACACUGUCUUUGUGUAUGAUUUGGUCACUGUAUUUAUUCUCUUUGGUGCUAUUAUGGAAGUUUCCGUAUCUAAUAACUCAUUUGAUAGUGUUACAUAUUACAUUUUUCUUAGUUCACUUUACGUUUCCAUGUCCUCUUCACUUCACUUUGGGCCUCAUGGUUGCUCAUUUAGUGAACGGUUUUUUCAAAGGGAUCCACUGUUGCUGUGUAGAGUUACCGUGUAUUGGACGUAAACAUUUAUAUUUGAUUCGUGACAAAUUUAUAGUAUAUAUUAUACGCCUUUUCUACCUUAGUCCUCUCACUGGAAAAUUUAUUGCCUCCUUCCUUGGACCCCUAAGGGAGAAAUGGGUCCUUUCGCGUUUACUUAAUAGGUAUCGAGGUGAUAUUAAAAUUUCCCUUCCGGGGCAAGUAAAAAUCUACAAUCACAGACGGGUUUUCUUUUGGUCUGGGGGUUUAUUUUAUGAUAUAGGAUCUUUCAUGAACGGCUUUGGGUUAGGUUUCUGUGCUGAAUUGAUGAUCAACAUGUCAAUUGUCAGUUACUGUGAAAUUCUUCAUUAUACCUUUAUGCUGGGGUUUGGUUUAUCACUUCUUUGGUUCAUACGUUCAAUGUGCAAGGGAAGACAUUUCAUGGAGGGAAUUGUAAGCCCAAUUAUAUUUAUUUUUGUAAUUGAGUGUGCGCUCUACAGAUCAAGAUCAUCUUAUUCUACGCUGUCUUAUGUAGCACUGUUUGCAGGAUGUGCCUGUUGUGCAAUAAUCUUCAAUGAAAAGUAUGUAUCAAACCUUUUUGCAUGUACUUACAAGCUUAUCUUUGUACAAAAGGUAGCGCUAGAUUACCAAGAGUUAAGAAAGGCUCUCAAUGUCAAAUUCUCAAGUCUCACAUUGGGCAUUCUAGACUUUGGAGGUGAAAAAGAAAACUUAGCAUACCAUCAUCUCUUCUACAGAAAUCAAGCAAUAUAUGUUAUUGUAUUCAACCUUGCACAUUUUGCUGCCAGCAAUUUCCAAUAUGUAGAAGCGAAAAUCCAAAGAAUUUGUUUCUGGUUGGAAUCCAUCUACAGCAAAGUAGGGCCAAAGGCACCAAUCUUUCUUGUUGGUACACACAGAGGAAACAUGAGUAGAGUCAGCCUUGGUUAUUUGAAUAAACAUCUGCAACAGAGCCUUUGGCAAACCUUUUCUAAUGAUCUGACAAUGAACGAAGAAGAUAAGUUGAUGUAUUUUCCUGUGGAAUCCAAGAAUGGAAUUCAUGAUAGAGGAAUUAAAAAUCUUAAAAGGACAAUGACCCUCAUAGCUGAGGAAAACAAGACAACUUUGGGACAAACAAUUCCAUUUUCAUGGAUUAAAAUUCAAGAUGCAAUUAUUAAUUUGUGGGAGAAUGGUAGCGCAAAGUUCUGUGUAUCCCUGAAACAUUUUCCAACUUCAUUUAGAGACUUUAUUUGCAGCAACUGGUCUAAGGAAACUUUGAAGUAUUUUCAUGAAAAAGGCCUUGUAAUUUACAUAGACAAAGGUGAGAAAUCAGUCAUCUCUGAGUGGGUUCUUUUGAAGCCAUCACUUCUAGUUGACAUCACAAUUCAACUGAUCACUCCAAAAACAGAUGAUGAAUUAUUUUCACAACAUGGAUUCAGGAAAGAGUGGACAUUACUACACAACAAGGGAAUGCUUACAAAUUCCCUUUUGAGGCACAUUCUUACUACAAUACAAGAGAAUGAAGAAGCUAUGACUAGCUUUCUUGAGGAAUAUGGCAUUAUUUGUCCCUUAUUUUACAAGGUUAACAAUGACAUGACAGAGGCAAUAGUAACACAUUUUGUUCCUGCACUGCUUCCAGUUUCAGUGAAUGGGAAUGCAUCAGUUUGGAAUGAUCAUCCCACAGACAAGCGGCUCUAUGUGUUCUUUGAAAGGUUCCUGCCAGAACCUCUUUUCCAUCGUCUCCUAUCACGUGCUCACCAACUUAGUCAAGCAAACUUCCCUAAGGGCCAGCCUCUCAUAAGCAGACAUGUUGGCAGGUUUUGGCUAACAUCUACUCAGCCCUAUAGGCUGCUGCAUCUUAAGGAAGAGAAUAUAAUUGAAGUGACAUUUAGCCACAGAUAUGAAGCAGCUAAUGAGCAUCCUUCAAAUGUGUUAAGUCAAGUGUUUGGCAUGGUCAAAUGGCUCUGUUGGGGGCACUUUCCACAUGUCAAGUUUCACUGUGGCCCAGCCUGCCCCUCAGAGAGGUGUCCUGGGUAUCAAAGAGACAACAUAUCACAUCCAGGUGUUCAAAAGUCAAUCUCUAGGCGACAUGUUAUUCAUGUGUUACCAAAGAAAAACUCUUCAUUUUUGUGUGCCAACCAAAAUUUUGAAAAUGAUCUGAAGGAGUGGCAAGUGCAAGGUUGACUAACAGAUGUGCAACUUGUACAUGUAUACAGUGCUUGCUACUUGGAGUGAGGAGUUAUGUUAGGAACUUUUCAAGUAUCUGUAUUCAAACAUUUGAAUUUGUCACUUUUUUUAAAUUGUUUACUGCAAUUUUACCACAUAUUUAAUUUCACUUUGCUUUGAAAGUGGCUACAGCUGAAUUUAUUGGCAGCAUGUUCAUCAAAAUAAUAGGUAAACUUAUCUUAUUUGUUUGCCAACAAGAUGAACUUGCAUGUUUCAUCUACAAUAAGAAGGGUUUCACCCUUUCAAAAUUUAUGAACAUAGUCUACAUAGAGAUUGGAGAAUUAGAGAACACUGAAAACUGUUAGAUUGUUAGAAGUACUUCAAAGUAUAUUCGUAUGGCUUUUUACAUGGAAACAAGACUAGGUGUACAUUCAGUUACAGAAUCUUCACCAGCCUAUAUUAUUCUUAAUUCAAACUUUAUCUUCCUUGUUUUUGAGCAUGGCAAUAUGUUUGAAAAUUGAACUACAAACAAAACAAGUUUCACCAAAACAUAAAUAUGUCUGUGCAAAUGGUAAAGCUGGUAGAUACUUUUGUCCUUUUAUAAUUCAACCUAUAUCUACUUACAGUAUAUUAAAAUAAAUGGGAUAAGUUUCUAAAGAAACCAUGGUGCUGUGUCAGUAGGGGAGUAUAACUAGCCAAUGUUGUUAUAUCAACUGAGUUGGUUUGAGAAAUAAAUUCUUGCUCUAGAGU